UUCAACAACCCAUCCAUCCUCAGAUCAUCUCCUCCCUUCGCUCCAUCUCUUCUCUCUCUCUCUCUCUCUCUCUCUCUCUCUCUCUGUGCGUGUGUGCGUGCGUGCGUGCGUGCGUGCGUGCGUGCGUGUGUGCUCUCGCAAAAUCGCAAUCCCCAUCGCGUGCGCAUAGCGAUGGUGGAGGACGCGCGGCGUUGGAUCUGGGCGUGGGUGAGCGGGUGGCUCACCCCGACCGGCCUCUUCGUGCUCCUCAACCUCGUGAUCGGGACCAUCGCCGUCACCAACCGCGCCCACCGCCACCGCGAUCGCCCCGCCGCCGCGGCCGCCGAGGGGGGCGCGCGCCCCCUCUCGCGCACCUCCUCCGCCUUCGUGCUCGAGCGCCUCCGCUCCUUCGGCCUCUACCGCUUCCGCUCCGACGACUUCCCCCUCGACUACAUCCCCUCCUCCGCCGCCGAACACGCGGCGGAGCCCGGCCCCGAUCCGAUCGUGGAGAACCUCUCGGAGGCGGAGGAGGAGCGCCACCACUUCGGGCGGAGCCGGUCGGAGUCGCGGGUUCCGGCCUCUGCGGCGGAGGUGGAGGUGGAGGGGGCGGGGAGGAUGAAGAAGUCGGCGAGCGCGAGCUCGGCGUUCGCGAAGUUCGAGGAGGAGAGGGUGGCGCGGCGGCGGGCGGCGGUGGAGGAGGAGGAGGAGGUGAACGCGCGGGCCGACGAUUUCAUCAACCGAUUCAGGCAGCAGCUGCAGCUGCAGCGGCUCAAUUCCCUCUUGAACUACAAAGAGAUGCUCAACCGAGGGUCAUAGGUGAACGCGCGAGCCGCGCGCCAUAUAUUUAUCAUCAUCUUCUCCUUCUCCUUCUCCUCCUCCUCCUUCUUCUUCUUCUUCUUUUUGUUGUUCUCUCCUCUUUUUUCUCUUUUUUUCGGUCAGAAAAAUCUCCGUACGUACGUAUACAUCUUCAGUGCGAUUCCACAUCGUCCUCUAAAAUUUCCAUGUAUGAACUUAACUAUUUCAAUCAAUAAUUUUGUCUAAACGCCAAUCAAAAUUACUAAAUUAUCGUCAACAUAUAUAUAUAUAUAUAUAUAUAUGACUGUCAUAAGAUAUAACAAUGGAAAAAAAGAAAAAAAAAAGAAAGAAGACCCAUUGCCUUCACAGUUUUAAGCAGUUAAAUCCUACUGUGUAAAUAAUCAGCUUAUUUUGGUAAGCAAUUUUAUGCAAAUUUCUGUCCAUCUAUUAUAGUGUGUAUUCAGCACAUGGCCAUUAUAUGUUAAUGAAAACCUCUAUGUAAAUUAACUUUAGCUAAAUUACAAAUCAUAAUUAAAAUGUUAAGCUUGGACAGUAGUAUUAGAGAACUUCAAAUAAUAGUUUUUGAAUCAUAUAUAUUCAUAUUAUUGAUAACAUUUAGAAGAUUUGACGAAAUAUUAUAGUAGCUAGAUAUUUGAUGGAAACAAAUUGCUCUUCGCGGUAGUAAAUAUGAACUCUUCAAAUUUCAAGUGACGAUUUGCAAUCCAACUAAAGCUGAACUGCGUGCGUGCGGAGGACUUUUUCUCCUUUUAGUUUCAUUCCUUUUUUUUUCUUCUUCCUUUUUUUUUUUUUUUUUUGUAGGUGGUACUCUUUUUUAUUUAUGAUCCUGUUUUGCUUUGUGCCAGUAGAAUUUUCUAUGUAACCUUUGUUCUGUAAAAAGGAAAAAGAAAAAACAAAUUAGAAAAAA